AUGUUCGACUUCGGCUUCGAAACUUUUCUUCCUCUCUACACCAACCACCCAACAACACACCAAGCUCCCAAGUUCGACCCCAAUGAGGUGAAGAUCAUCCACCUCCGUGUGACUGGUGGUGAGGUCGGAGCUCAGUCUGCUCUGGCUCCUAAGAUCGGUCCCCUUGGUCUGUCUCCCAAGAAGAUUGGUGAAGACAUUGCCAAGAACACUGGCGACUGGAAGGGUCUCCGUGUCACCGUCCGACUGACCAUCCAGAACCGUCAGGCCGCUGUCUCCGUUGUGCCCUCCGCCUCUUCCCUUGUCAUCAAGGCCCUCAAGGAGCCUCCUCGUGACCGCAAGAAGGAGAAGAACAUCAAGCACACCAAGUCCAUCCCUCUCGACGAGAUCUUUGAGAUCGCUCGCAAGAUGCGUGAGCGCUCUCUUGCCAAGGAGCUCAAGGGUACCGUCCUUGAGAUCCUCGGUACUGCUUUCUCCGUCGGCUGCAAGGUCGAUGGCCGCAGCCCCAAGGAUGUCUCCGAUGACAUCAAGGCUGGCGAGAUUGACGUCCCCUCCGAGUAA